AAUGAAUUCAGAGCACGCCAUGAAACGACAAUUCCCAUGAUGCAUUGCACUACAGUGGCCGCUGGACGGGGGAAGGGAAGCCGAGAUUGGAGGGAGUAACAAUCAGAAACUGAGAUUGAAACACACGAGACCCGCCGUUCCUAAAGAUUCUGGCAAAAAAGAAGCCCACCCCUGAUCCACACUUUCACUUCUUACUUUGGACAUGUGUCAAUGUAUCACAUGAUGAUGAAGACAUCACAGCUCUGUUGCAAGUCAAUUAAAGGGUACUGCUAGCUCUGAGUGCCUAUUGGAUUUGUGUCUUGAAAUCCAAAGUAAUGAAGUGUCUGCUAUGACGAGAGCGCAAGCCUGAAAGCGAUGUCAUUAUCCAGCUUCUGGGCACCUCUGAUGGUGAUGAGGACCAAACCCACUGGCCAAGCAGAUCUGCGGAGGGGAGCAAGGGAGGAGGGUUCCGGGAAACGUGCCAUUUCCUCUAGGUGGUAGACUAAUAUCUGCGCAUUCCUCUCUGUGUGCACACCCAAGGUUAGACUUUUGGAGGAAAAUUAGGAGCAGGCAAAACAUCAAAUCCCAACAGUCAUCACUAAUAAAAAAAUAAAGAGAUGUGCACCAACUGGAUAUUUGUUGCCGAUGAGGUCUAACAUAUGACCGUGGACAUUUUCAUGUAUAUGAGCUAAAGAGGUCACUAGUCAUGUGCACGAAAGAAAACAUGGUAGCCCUUGUAGCAGCUUGUCAGCCCAUCUCAGUCCAGGAUUUUACAAGCCUUUAGAGGCCACAAUCAGGAAGACGCUCGCCAGCCAACACUCAUAUGCAAUGGAAGAAGACAUUGAUGUCACUUUCCACCUUGAGGGCCAAAAUGGUUUGUCUCGAGAACCAUCAGAAGAGACUACCAAUGGACACUUGAACCAAAAGCCUGUCAUGAAUGGAUUGAUUAUCAGUCAUAAUGUCAAAGACCACACCAACGGCAAUGCCCCACUCACAUCCCUACCGAUUUCAGCACUGAAGCAGAAUGGUCUCCUGCAGAGUCUAGCAGCAGGAGGAGACCAGCUUAAACCUGCAGAAGAAAAUGCAGAGUUGGAAAAGGCGAGAGAGGAGUGGGAAGCUCUGGAGAACAUCCAACCAGCUAUCACUGAGGACUCGAACCCGACGCCGCUCAUCUCUUUCAAUGAAGCCCUUCAGUACUUCCAGACUACAGAUCUCGGGGACUUGCUUACGAACAUCCAGCCAACUAUUCGCAGGACAGGUCUCGCCGCUAUCACACACUUCCUGUUUGGACCCCCUCGACUGCACAGGGAACUCCUUGAGGAACGAGAUCUUGUCUUUACCAUUGCGCAAUGCCACGUGGACAACAGCCAGACAGUCCACAUGCGAGUUCUCCAAACCAUUUAUAAACGGCUCAUCGGCUGCAGGCUGGACUGUCCUCGAUAUGGGACACACUGGGAAAACAUUGGCUUUCAGGGUACAGACCCAGCCACCGACCUGCGUGGCACUGGCUUCCUGGGACUUAUGCACACUCUUUACUUUGUGAUGGACCCAGAGACUCUGCCAUUGGCUCGAGAUAUCUACAAGUUAUCCCAACACUCUACUCAGAACUUUCCAUUUAGUGUGAUGUCAAUCAACAUGACCCGCAUUGCUCUUCAAGUCCUCAGAGAAGAGGCCUUGUCCAAGGAGUGCAAUCGCCGUCAGCAAGUGGUCGGCGUGUUGAAUGAGUUUUAUGUGGCCACAUACCUGCACCUGUACCAACUGUGGAAGACCCAACAGAAAACCAUUGCUGACUCUGGCUUUGUACUCAAAGAAGUGGAGCUGUUCGCCAAAAAGAACCCCAAGCAGAUGCUUCGCCGACUAGAGGUCUUCCUGAAAGAGAGGCGGGUAGGUGGAAUCCCUCGCGGGACGUCGCCAGAGCCACCGGCUCCGCAGCCUUCCUCUCCCAGCCCGGGGGAGCGAGCGGCCAGAGUGGCGAGCGCACAGGGAUGCAAGGGAAAGGAGAUGCAUUUUACAGGAGUGUGUGAGCUACCGCCUGACAUGGAGGGCGACGCCAGACUCAUCUAAGCUAGAGUCUGUGUAUGUGAGGGUGCUGUUUGUGUGUGUGUGUGUGUGUGAAUGUGUGUGUAUGUGUAACUUACUCCCAGAGAGCUAGAUGAAGAACACUCCACCCAACACGCUCCCCUCCUCUGAUGCUGGGGUGCUGCACUUUUCUCUUUUUUUUAGGGGUGGGGAGAUAGAGCUAUAUUAUUUGUUGUAUUUAUUUAUUUUAGCACAAAACAGUCAAACAAAACAAUGAAUUCACAAAACAAAGCAAGUGAAUGAUUGCACUUUUCUGAAUAGCUGCCAUAUAUUUCACCCGUUUUCAGGGCAGCUGCUUGCGUUGGCAUUUCAGAGACUUCAUCUCUAGCACGCCAUGCUCGUCAUGCAACAGUCCGUUCUCGUCACAGGGUCCAAACUGCAGCACAAUAGGUGACCUUUCAGCGGGGACUGAAGGUGCAACUUGAUAAACGAGUCUACCGCUUCAAUUUACAGAAAAUAUUUGAGUUGCUUUGGUCAAAAAAGAAUUCCAUCUUUUUAUAGAAGAUGAGUGAAGAUUUGAACAAAAAUCCUCCGUAAACAUUCUCAGCUUGACGUGGCUGCAGCCGAAAGUCUAAUAUAAGCUUUGUGGACAUUCCAUUAGUGAGCAUGUGAUUGUAUUUUUGGAAAGGACUGAGCUGACAUUGAUGAGGUGUGCUUUGGUGCAGUAUGCAACUCCAGCUCUACUAGAUAAUCAAAAUGUCUGCUGUGCGACGGCAAAAAGGCAUUGUCGCUAACUUCAGGGCUCGUGUGCAAGUGAACAUAACUUAGUGAGGACAUUUGGCAGUGGUAAGAAUGACCCCCGCUAAGCUCGUCGAGUGUGAUUGUUGUGAGCGCAGACUUUACUCCACACAAUAAGCCAGCUUUACUAAGUACGCGAUCUAGCUGCAUAGAUGGUACUUUUGUGGAUUUUAAAGGCGGUACUACUACUACUACUACUACUAGGAAACAAAUUCUAUAAAUAGAAAUAUGGGUUUGGGCUCCUCAGCAAAGCUACUUUGUGCUUGUGUGGUCUCGAUCUGUAGCAUGUCCAGGUAGCACUAGUACUGUAGCAUCCUAUAAAAGCUUGUUGAUGUCGCUCUGUGGUGUCUUACUAUAGCACAUCCACCCCCCCCCCUGUACUGUACUUAUACAUAUUAGGCAGCGCAGCUUUUCGGAGAUGGCUUGACAUGUUAAUGAGCUCCACUUUGUCUUCUGAGAAGGUAAUAACGGUGCCUACGUCGCAUAGAAUCACGUUAAGGUCGCCUCCCGCUCCUUUUGUUUGCGUUCAGCCUCAGUGCCACAGCGGCAGCCUCCUCCAUUCUUGCAACCUCAGGCGGGGUCACGUCCAUCGUGCUUUCUUGUUUGACGGGGAACUCUGCACGGUGGUGGAGAAAGCGUAAACGUGUGGUAUGCAAAAGAAAAGCGCCGCUUGCAGGAGCCAUAAUGUUCAUUAGCAGCCACCUCAUCAGGUCCUCCUUUCAAACAUCGCACCACACUGAUCCCUUUAGCUUUCUUCUGUUCGAAGCUGAGGAGCAGUGCCGUGUAUGUAUAUCAGGAAGUUUGUACAUAGAGAAUUAAUGAUUGUAAGAUGUAUGAUUGUCUGUAGGGCAUUAUACUAAAACAUUGCUUACCUCAAGACUUGAGACAAAUCUCCUUUUCUCUCUCCUGACGUUAACUAUUUCUAUGUUUGCUUGUACUCUGACCUUCUCUCACCAGUCCCACUCAUUAUCUAUUGUAUAUCCCUCAGACAAAGCACUAUGGAAGAAGCAGGUCCUUGCUACGUGUGUACUAGACUAGGAGUGUCCUGAUCCGAUAUUGAUAUCGGGCCGAUAUCAGUACCGGAUGAUAUCGGCUUGCAUCUAAAAUGUCCGAUACAAGCAGUCCUGCAGCGCGUUUACUUGUGCAAAGCUAGACGGCCAGAUAACAUCUAAAUGGCUUCCAAUAGACACACAUGGUUGAUCUUUCCUUGUCUUUUAGUGAAGUAAUUUACAAACCCCGUUUCCAUAUGAGUGGGAAAUUGUGUUAGAUGUAAAUAUAAACGGAAUACAAUGAUUUGCAAAUCCUUUUCAACCCAUAUUCAGUUGAAUGCACGACAAAGACAAGAUAUUUGAUGUUCAAACUCAUAAACUUUUUUUUUUUUUUUGCAAAUAAUAAUUAACUUAGAAUUUCAUGGCUGCAACACGUGCCAAAGUAGUUGGGAAAGGGCAUGUUCACCACUGUGUUACAUGGCCUUUCCUUUUAACAACACUCGGUAAACGUUUGGGAACUGAGGAGACCCAUUUUUUAAGCUUCUCAGGUGGAAUUCUUUCCCAUUCUUGCUUGAUGUACAGCUUAAGUUGUUCAACAGUCGGGGGGUCUCCGUUGUGGUAUUUUAGGCUUCAUAAUGCGCCACACAUUUUCAAUGGGAGACAGGUCUGGACUACACGCAGGCCAGUCUAGUACCCGCACUCUUUUACUAUGAAGCCACGUUGAUGUAACACGUGGCUUGGCAUUGUCUUGCUGACAUAAGCAGGGGCGUCCAUGGUAACGUUGCGUGAAUGACAACAUAUGUUGCUCCAAAACCUGUAUGUACCUUUCAGCAUUAAUGGUGCCUUCACAGAUGUGUAAGUUACCCAUGUCUUGGGCACUAAUACACCCCCAUACCAUCACAGAUGCUGGCUUUUCAACUUUGCGCCUAUAACAAUCCGGAUGGUUCUUUUCCUCUUUGGUCUGGAGAAUACGAUGUCCACAGUUUCCAAAAACAAUUUGAAAUGUGGACUCGUCAGACCAUAGAACACUUUUCCACUUUGUAUCAGUCCAUCUUAGAUGAGCUCAGGCCCAGCGAAGCCGACAGCGUUUCUGGGUGUUGUUGAUCAACGGUUUUCGCCUUGCAUAGGAGAGUUUUAACUUGCACUUACAGAUGUAGCGACCAACUGUAGUUACUGACAGUGGGUUUCUGAAGUGUUCCUGAGCCCAUGUGGUGAUAUCCUUUACACACUGAUGUCACUUGUUGAUGCAGUACAGCCUGAGGGAUCGAAGUUCACAGGCUUAGCUGCUUACGUGCAGUGAUUCCUCCAGAUUCUCUGAACCCUUUGAUGAUAUUACGGACCGUAGAUGGGGAAAUCCCUAAAUUCCUUGCAAUAGCUGGUUGAGAGGUUUUUCUUAAACUGUUCAACAAUUUGCUCACGCAUUUGUAGACAAAGUGGUGACCCUCGCCCCAUCCUUGUUUGUGAAUGACUGAGCAUUUCAUGGAAUCUACUUUUAUACCCAAUCAUAGCACCCACCUGUUCCCAAUAUGCCUGUUCACCUGUGGGAUGUUCCAAAUAAGUGUUUGAUGAGCAUUCCUCAACUUUAUCAGUAUUUAUUGCCACCUUUCCCAACUUUGUCACGUGUUGCUGGCAUCAAAUUCUAAAGUUAAUGGUUAUUUGCAAAAAACAAAAGUUUAUCAGUUUGAACAUCAAAUAUGUUGUCUUUGUAGCAUAUUCAACUGAAUAUGGGUUGAAAAGGAUUUGCAAAUCAUUGUAUUCCGUUUAUAUUUACAUCUAACACAAUUUCCCAACUCAUAUGGAAACGGGGUUUCUACCAAACAUAAGCAGCUACACAACAGCUAAGCACACAAGCUAGACAUUCAUGAUAUUGAACAAUAUUGCAGUCUAAAACAUUUCUCAGAACAAAUAUCAAAUAAUUAAAGUUGCAUAUUACUUACACAUAUAAAGUCUCCAAUAUGGAAAGCAUCCAGUAACUAAUGUGUCCGCAUCAUUCAACUUACUGUCAUGCCCUUAGGUUAUGGAUUAUUUGUGACCACUAGGUGUCUCCAAAAACUAAUCUAUCACUAAACCUGUCAUAAGGUUAGGUUUUUUUAUACCAACCUUUGUUCUCUGAGUAAUUUCACUUGAUCUAACCUUUUCUACCAUUCCACACUACAAAAUGAUAAAAGUAUUUAUGAUUCUUGCUGAUGGUAUCUAAUUAAUAUCGGUAUCGGCUAA